AUGGAGGAGAAAGGGGAAGAACUUGAAAUAUUAAUGGAAACAAUAGACGAAAAACAAAAAGAAGUUGAUAACAUCCAAGCAGAAAAUGCUGAGCUAAAAAUAAAGGUUCAAGAGCUCCGAUCCAAUCUAAAAAAAGAGAGAAUAGUUAAUUCGUUGCAAAAAUUAAAUACAGUUGGCGAAAUUGUUAGAGAGAAACCAGUUGUAGAUAUUUCACAAUAUAACGAAGAGCAUCAAGAAUUAAUUAAAACUUUAAAGAAUAAAAUCGAAGAUACAGCUAAAAAAGCCGAUCAAAAUAAAGAUUUUAAUCAAGGUCUCGAGAAAGAGAUCUACGGUUUGAUAGCAAGUAACUCAGAAAUGGAAAAUAAAUUACAAUUAACGGAAUUGAAAAUUAAACAAAGCAGACGUGCCCAGCAGUCCAUGAAUAGCGAGGCCGAAAUGAUCAGAUCACAGAUACAUAGUAUUGAAGGAGAUAUUUCUUCAAUAUCUCGAGAUAUGAGAAGUAAUGAUAAAAAGAUUUCAACGAUGACUCAAAAGAAAGCAAUGACGUUAUCUACAGAAAGAUCACCAGAAUCGUUAGAUAAAGAGAUUGAAUCAGUUAAAUUGCAGAUAGAAUCAUGCAGAAUCAGAAUUGACGAAUUAGAAGAAGUAAAGAACAAUCUUGACGAAGAAAUCAAGGCAAUGGACGAGAGUAGAGAACAACAAAUGAGUCAUUAUUCAAAUAUUAUUGGCUGGCAAGAAGAAAAACAAAAUCUUACGAAUCAAAGAAAUUCUUUCAAGAAUGCUUUACUAGAAUUAAAACGUACUAAUGCAGAAAGUGAUACUAACGUCUCGACAUUACAAAAGAGAUACGGAAUUUUAAGAAAUUUGUAUUUGAAGUGGAAAAAAGAGAAUUUAUCGCAAUUUGAGCAAGAAGCGAAUAAUGAUAGCGCACUUACAAUUGAUUCUCUUUUAUCUAAGAUUACUGCCUUGAAGCAGAAAAGCGAAAACGGUGAAAAUAAUCAAUCUUCAAUUUCAAAGACUCCUGAUCGAUCAAAUAUGAAGUUUAAAUACGAAAAUGGAGAUAAAAAUGAUAGAUCAGCCGGAAUAAAGAAAUUAGAAGAAAAAAUCAACCAAAUACAGAUCGAAUAUGAUAGAAAGCUUAAUACAUAUAGAACGAACGAAUACUUACAUAAGAAUUCAAUAGAUCAGCAACGUGUUCUUAUGUUUGACCAAGAAACAGAUCUUAUUAACAAAAUUAACGAUACAAAGUUAAAGAUCGCUCUCAAGAAGCUAAACCAGUAA